UUUAUCUCCGGAAAAAAAAAGCGCAUUUGCGUAGAGCGCAAAACUCAUCGAGGUUUCCUCUUUCGUCGCCUUCUCUGUGUUUGUGAGAGCGAAGCAUCAUCGCCCGUAAUAAUCACGAAGGAGACGAUAAAUUAUUUUCUUAUUAUCGUCUUAAUAAAUUUAGGGCAUCGCCAUUUCUCCGAUCCCUUUGCUCAAUUCAUCUUUCUCGGAUCAAAUUAUUCUAUUUGGAUUUGGUUCCCGUGAGAUCGGGGCGGCGCCAGUGUUAUAGAUACCGUAUGCAGUGUAGCUUCUACAUAGCUUUACACAGCAACAAGGAACAUUCACUGUGAGACUCUGAGAUCUAUGAAUAUGGAAAUCUUAGAAGCUGCAUCUCUUCUCGUUAUGUCCGGGACAAUACCAGGUCACUAUUGUUGUCCUCUUUCGCCGAACACUUUGCCCUUCCUUUCUCCAUUAAAAAUUAAUCGAAAUGGUAGGAGAAAGAGAGCUCCUUUGUAUUUAAGAGCGUCUUCUAAUUCCGAUACACGCCAAAAUUUUCCAAGGCUAUGUGGGACCCUGCCCGCCUAUCAUAGAUCUCAGUUUGUAACGACUCAAUGUCAGCGAAUUGAGAAAAUAGCUGAAAUAACUAAUGAGGAUGGAAAUGGGACAAAUGGAACUUGGGUAAAAGAUGCAGUGAGUAAAGCAAGCCAGGUUCUCGGUGACGUGAAUGGCCAAAAAGCUAUUGGUUUUGAAAAUGGAGUUAUUGAAAGUAGUGACGAUAAAUCUACACCUGUUGGAGCAGCUAAUAGUGCAUCGCCGAAGAAAAGGGGAAACUCUGUUGAGGACGAAGCUUGGCGCCUUUUACAGGAAUCCAUGGUUUUUUAUUGUGGCAGUCCGGUGGGAACAAUUGCUGCAAAGGACCCAUCAGAUAGCAAUGUAUUGAACUAUGAUCAGGUAUUCAUUCGUGACUUUAUACCUUCCGGGAUCGCGUUCCUUUUGAAGGGAGAGUACGAUAUCGUCCGCAACUUCAUUCUUCACACUCUUCAACUUCAGAGCUGGGAGAAAACAAUGGAUUGCCACAGUCCAGGGCAGGGGCUUAUGCCUGCCAGCUUUAAGGUGCGGACAGUUCCACUAGAUGGUGAUGAUUCUGCAACUGAGGAGGUUUUGGACCCUGAUUUCGGAGAGGCUGCAAUAGGACGUGUAGCACCUGUUGAUUCGGGAUUAUGGUGGAUUAUAUUGCUCAGAGCAUAUGGAAAAUGCUCUGGGGAUUUGUCAGUUCAGGAGAGAAUUGAUGUCCAGACUGGAAUCAAAAUGAUCCUGAAGCUUUGUCUUGCGGAUGGCUUUGAUAUGUUCCCUACAUUACUGGUAACGGACGGCUCGUGCAUGAUUGAUCGCCGUAUGGGAAUUCAUGGCCACCCGCUAGAAAUUCAGGCACUAUUUUAUUCAGCUCUCCUAUGUGCUCGUGAAAUGCUGGCACCUGAGGAUGGAUCGGCAGAUCUUAUUCGGGCAUUAAAUAAUAGGCUGAUAGCACUAUCCUUUCACAUUAGGGAGUAUUACUGGGUCGACAUGCAAAAACUCAAUGAGAUAUACCGAUAUAAAACAGAGGAAUAUUCUUAUGAUGCUGUCAACAAAUUCAACAUUUACCCGGAUCAGGUCUCUCCAUGGCUAGUGGAGUGGAUGCCCUGUAAGGGUGGCUACCUCAUUGGGAAUUUGCAACCCGCCCACAUGGAUUUUCGUUUCUUUUCUUUGGGGAAUCUGUGGUCUAUAGUGAGCAGCUUAGCCACGACACACCAAUCGCAUGCCAUAUUGGAUCUGAUUGAGGCUAAGUGGUCUGAUUUAGUGGCUGAUAUGCCAUUUAAGAUAUGUUAUCCUACUCUUGAGGGCCAGGAAUGGCGAAUCAUCACCGGCAGCGAUCCCAAAAAUACGCCUUGGUCAUACCACAAUGGAGGCUCGUGGCCAACAUUACUGUGGCAGCUAGCAGUUGCUUGCAUAAAAAUGAAUAGGCCAGAGAUUGCUGCCAAAGCUGUAGAGGUUGCUGAGAAGCGAAUAGCAACCGAUAGAUGGCCCGAAUAUUAUGACUCAAAACGAGCUCGUUUCAUUGGAAAGCAAGCUCGGCUAUACCAAACUUGGUCUAUAGCCGGAUUCCUUGUAGCAAAAUUGCUGCUGGAAAAGCCCGAGGCUGCAAAAAAUCUGUGGAACGAAGAAGACGCCGAGAUCGUUAAUGCCUUGAACAUCAUGGUCGAACCUCGGAGAAAACGGGGAAGGAAAGUGUUGAAGAAGACCUAUAUAGUGUAAGUUGAUGUAUACCUUUUCAUUGCAGAUUUUUUUUUGAGUUCACAAGAUGCCAUUAGUUUUCAGGAAUAGGCUUUAUUGUAAAUAUAUAUAAUGUCAUAUGUAAUGUUAUUUGAUCAUGUAUAUGUGCAUUUUUUCCACACUUAGGUCUUUCGGUUUUUGGCAUUGUAGACAGUAUAAUUGACCGAACUGUUCUCGGUGAUAUCUGUAUAAGUUAAUGGUCAGACCGUGAUGAACUUUCAGUUAUAGAUUCCUCCGUUGACGCA